UGUAUGAGAUACUGUAGGAUGUUCCUGAUUUCCUCCGUGAUGGCAUGGAUUGUGCUGACAGUAGUCAGCCUGCCUGUGUGGAGUGCUUUGAAAGUAGUCCAGCCCUAUAGAGUGGUGAGCACCAAUGGUACGGCACAGGUCCAAUGCUUCGUCCACCCACGACCGUCCUCCCACCAGAUUCAACCCUCCUCUGAUCAAAGCCUGCCAUACCCCUAUGCUGACCCAGAGGAGCUCCGCGUGAUUUUGCUGAAAGGCCUCCACGGCACCCAGCAAUUUUGCUCGUCCAUCCUCAGCUUCAAAGAGCAGAAAGAGACAGGCGUGGAGAAAGAGGGAGAGGUGCAGUGCUCUGCACAGAUAAGAGAGGGCGCCGUGGAGGUGACAGUGUCCGGACUCAAACCAACACACACGGAUAUAUACCGCUGUGAGAUAGAGGUCUUCUACCCACCACCAUACCUGCGGAUCCCUGGCAAUGGCACACUCCUCCAUGUCUUAGAGAGCUCUGAUUGUCCUUUGCAGGGGACUCAGAGACAGAUUGCAGACCAGGGUGAAAAAGAGACUGAGGAGAGGAUGGCACCAUGGAACAUCAGUGUUCCUGUGUUUAUACUGGCACUACUGGUCAUAUUCGUCGUCUUGAUCAUUAUCUACCUCCAGGCUCUCCAAUGCGUACGAGGAAGGAGGGAGAUUGUCAGACCAGUGCCUGGUGUGCAUCACAAGGUGGAUCCUGCUGCAUUUUCAUGUUAAAACAUGAAACGUGUCUAAAACAGCAUUGCAUCUGCCUAGAGGCAUUAGAAAACCACUGAUUUUUAAAGGAGGGUUAGAGGAAUAUUUGGUCAUUAUCGGCCAUUUAUUAUAUAUCACCUCAGUUAUGAUUGAGGUUCUUUUUUUUUUUACAGCAACUGUAGAAAAAUGCUAUAUUGUUUACAUUAUGGUAAACACAAAUUAUAUUAAAAAGCUGUAGCUUUGAUUAAUGAGUUGAGUUGUUGAAGCACAUAUGGGAGCUCCCAUCGUAACUGCAGCUAGAAAGGCUUGUAAGGCUACUUCUGUGUACAAACUAAUUGUUUGAUUAAAAUUAAAAUGAUAAUAAUUAAAAUGAAUUUUAACUUGGCUAAAUGCUCCAGCUAAGAAAAUGCAAUG